AUGGUCAAGGGGAAUAACUGUAACAAAGGUAACAAAGGAAGAGUAGGGGAGGGUGGUCAAGGGGAAUAUAGUAAUAACUGUAACAAAGGAAGUGUAGGGGAGGGUGGUCAAUGGCAAUAUAGCAGUAACUGUAACAAAGGAAGAGUAGGGGAGGGUGGUCAAGGGGAAUAUAGUAAUAACUGUAACAAAGGAAGAGUAGGGGAGGGUGGUCAAGGGGAAUAUAGCAGUAACUGUAACAAAGGAAGUGUAGGGGAGGGUGGUCAAGGGGAAUAUAGUAAUAACUGUAACAAAGGAAGAGUAGGGGAGGGUGGUCAAGGGGAAUAUAGUAUUAACUGUAACAAAGGAAGAGUAGGGGAGGGUGGUCAAGGGGAAUAUAGUAAUAACUGUAACAAAGGAAGAGUAGGGGAGGGUGGUCAAGGGGAAUAUAGUAAUAACUGUAACAAAGGAAGAGUAGGGGAGGGUGGUCAAGGGGAAUAUAGUAAUAACUGUAACAAAGGAAGAGUAGGGGAGGGUGGUCAAGGGGAAUAUAGCAUUAACUGUAACAAAGGAAGAGUAGGGGAGGGUGGUCAAGGGGAAUAUAGUAAUAACUGUAACAAAGGAAGAGUAGGGGAGGGAGGUCAAGGGGAAUAUAGUAAUAACUGUAACAAAGGAAGAGUAGGGGAGGGUGGUCAAGGGGAAUAUAGUAAUAACUGUAACAAAGGAAGAGUAGGGGAGGGAGGUUAA